UUUUUUCUACAAUAGUUUUAACCAAAAAAAAAAAAAAAAAAAAACGUUUUUUAUUUUUGGGAAAAAAAAGAAGAAAAAAGACACAAUUUUUAUUUAAACUGUGCGUUUGGAUGAGAAAAAUGGAGGCUUUAACUUAAACCCUCCUGGUCCUUGGGUUUGUUUGAGAAAAGAGACGAUGGGUUUUGCUUUAUCGGCUCACAGUUCCAUCAUGGCGCUUCAAAUUGAAUGCUUCUCAUCUUCUCUCAGUGACCGCCUUCUCGUGGGCCACCCUAGUAGGCCCAUCCAUCUUAAUCUUCCACGUUUCCCGCCCUCCCGCCGCUCCGUACUUGCUCUCGCUCGCCGCCGAAACCCCAUCUCUCCUUCUUCUUCCAAGAAAAACAAGAAAAGUUUGCGUCAUAAGGAACCUGCGAAGGAGGAUGAUAUAGAUGAGGAUGCCUUUGAGGCACUCUUUAGUCAACUGGAAGAAGAUCUGAAAAAUGAAGACCCAUCCCUAGAUGAUGGGGAUGAAGAAAUUAGUGAAGAAGACCUUGCUAUGCUUGUACAAGAGUUAGCAGAGGCACUAGGAGAUGAUGAUAUACCGAUGUCCGACUCAUCUGCUGAUGAUACUGAAAGUGGGAAUAUUGCUGAAGAGGAAGAAGAAGAAGAAGAAGAAGAAAAAGAAGAAGAAAGGCCAGUGAAGCUUAGAAAUUGGCAACUUCGAAGAUUGGCAUCAGCUCUAAAAGUUGGCCGACGUAAAACUAGUAUCAAAAAUCUUGCAGCCGAGCUUUGUCUUGAUAGGGCUGUUGUUCUUGAAUUGCUUCGUGACCCCCCUCCAAAUCUUCUAAUGAUGAGUGCUGCUUUACCUGAUGAACCUGCACCAACCAUAUCAUUAUCGGUGCCUGAACCCAAACCCAUGGAAACUACUCAUAGUGAACCAAGUGUGCAUACUGAAGAAUCUGGGACCAAGCUGCAAGCACCUGUUCAUGUUAUGCAACAUAAAUGGUCUGCUCAAAAGAGACUGAAAAAAGUGCAAGUUGAAACCCUUGAGAGAGUUUAUGGUAGAACAAAGCGUCCCACUAAUGCGAUGAUUAGCAGUGUUGUGCAUGUGACAAACCUACCCCGCAAAAGAGUUGUGAAAUGGUUUGAAGACAAACGAGCUGAAGAUGGAGUUCCUGACCAGCACCCUCCUUAUCAACGGUCUGUUCCUGAAACUGUAUAGUCUUGUUAAAAGACUGUAGAAGCAUGUAAUAAGAUUUUAUCUGUAUUAACAUCUGAUAGAAUAUAUGCAUAUGUAUGUAUGUGUGAGAUUGUCCUUUCUUGUUUUGGGGUGAGAUUAUUAGAAAAUCUAAUCCGGUUAGCAUAGGGCUGUCACAGAUCAUGGCACUCUUUCUGAUGGAGACUCGAGAGUGGAUGGUUCUCUUAUGUAUUAUACAUCUUCCCUUCUUGUCUUUCUUAGGACUAACUCCUAGUUUCAUUGAAGACAAUUAUUUAACAAUAAAAAACAUUAGUUUUACUUG